GGGACGCGGAGCGGUUCCGGGGCAGGCGCCGGCGGCAGUGGCGGUUGCCCGGGGGAUGAGCACGGAGAAGGGGAAUGUGUCGCGCACGCGGCCCCAACGGUACCAGAACGCGCACGCCUUCAGGAACGACAAGUACGACACCAGCGCCCGGCGCAAGAAAAUAAAUGCUAAGCUUCAUGAUGGAGUGUGUCAACAUUGCAAAGGUAUCUUGGAGUGGCGGGUAAAAUUCAGCAAGUAUAAACUACUAUCAAAACCUAAAAAAUGUGUGAAGUGCCUCCAGAAGACUGUAAAAGAUCCUUACCAUAUUAUUUGUCGACCAUGUGCUGGUAAACUAGAAAUUUGUGCUAAAUGUGGAAAAGAAGAAGAAAUAGUAAUUCCGAUUGAUAAAGGACAAGACAGAACUGAGAGUGUGACUACUAAAAAUGGCCAAAAGAGCAGUGGAUUGGAGGAUGAGCUGGAUUUUGAUACAAACUUCAGUAGUACAGACAAUGAUGAAGAUUCUGAUGUGCUUGAAGAACAAUUUAGAAGUAUGAAUUUUGAAAGGACAGAGAUCUAAAAAGUUGAGUUUAUGUGAGAGACUAUAUGCAAUCAGAACUCGUAAACCAAUGUUUGUCUUAAACUGCUCUGAAAACCUUACAGGUCCUUUCAUAUAAAUGUUGGCAUGCUCAUCAGAUGGAUUGUGUAAAAUAUUUUUUUGUAUUAAGAGCAGAAUUUCUUGUGAAAAGAUUCAGAAAUUGAAUCUUUAAGCAGAGUUAUUUUUUGUAUACAAGUAACAACUUCCUUUUUCUCUGGAAUAAAGCCUUUUCAAGUAAUUGUUCUAAAUUCAUUGUUAAGCGACUGUUGUAUUGCCACUUGGAAAGAUACAUGAAAAACUAGAAUGAAUAGAGAGUCUUGUCACAAAAAGGAAGAGCUAAACCAGCUGUAAUAGUUUGCUGAAGGAAAAACUUGCAACUUCUGUCAGUGAGUUUCCAAACACGGUCAAAAUACCAAGUGGUUGUUACCCCUAUGCCUGUUGUUUCUCUUCUGUGCAAAAAAAGGGCCUAAUCGUCACCACCAGUAAAGUUCAUGAGUAGUUAAUGCUUAUUUGCCACAUAUAAGUAUGCAUUACAAACCUGUGACCUUGUUACCACCAGUGUUUUGCAAAGAAAAAAACCUGAAGACUUUUUAGAAUUUCUCAUAACAGGUCUCAUGCUUUCUUUUCCUUUCACUGCAGGUCUAAUGUAGUUUGCUUUGGUAGCACAACACUACACAAGUGUUUUCAUGCUUAUAUAAUUACUCUCUUCCUGAUUUUCAGUUCUUUUUAGGGGUUAUUUCAAUGUAGGUUAAGCUCUAGGAAGAACUUAACUGAAUUUGCAGUAACUGUCCUUUUUUGGGAAUCAGGAUGGUUUGAUUUCUUUCGUAUUUUCUGCUACCUUUAUAAAUAAAGCUGAAGAAGUACGUCCUAGUAAUUAAAUGGUUUAACCUAUUACGAUAUACUAUGCCAUUUUUACUAUCCGCAUAACAGCUACACAUCCGCUUUGGUGUUCUGCCUGAUUUGCAGUAGUGGGCACAGAAAAAUUUGAUUCCCAAACUACCUUUUUCAAAUAAACUGUGAGGGACUUUAGCUCUGGGAUUAUUCCCCCCCCCCCCGCCAUGGGUAAAAUACUGAAACUUUAUCCUUUGGGUGGAGAUAGCUACCCUGUGGCUGCUGUAGCAGACCUUAACUUAAAAGAAAAUCUGGUUAGCAAGAUGUGGGGUACUGACAUUCAGCAGUCAAUAGCCUAGAAACUGUUCUGAUUUAAAGGACAGCUUUAUUAUUUAGUAUUGGCAAUAACCGGCAACAACAAAAUUCUUGUAAUCAGUCAUGGAACAGUGAACUCUUACUGUUUUUUCUUAACUGUAGUUGCUUAUCACUACACAUAAGGCCGUAAGAAUGAGCUUUGUCUUUUAUUACAUUUUAUUUAUUUAGAUUUGUCUUUCAGUUUCAUAUUGUACAUUAAAACAACCUUUUACCUUUUCUAAACUAUUUGUAAAUUUGUAUCUUAAUAUCUAAAACAUGCUUUUUUAAUGUUUUCUAAGGACUAGUAAUCUGCUUUCUGGUUUCUUCUUUUUUUUGAGGGGGUUUUGCAUAGGUAGAUUUUUGCUAAGUGUUUUGUGAUAACCACAUGUUAUCACAACCACAUGUUCCAUGUUGUGAUGCAUCAUGACUUUUGUGGCUUUUCACUGAGACAAAGUCUAAAGUUCACUAAGUGUUUGGGUGGUAUUAUGUUUCCUUCUGGAGUUGCUUAUUACAUAAUUGUUUGCAGUCCUAAAGGACAAGAACUGAUGACCCAAACAACCCAUCUCCUUUCUCUCUCUACUCAACAAACGUGUUGUUUAUAAGCUAAACCACUAGUUUUGUGAUUAAACAUAUUGGUUUUUUCACUUAACUGCAACUAAUAAAAAAUAAGAAAUUCAGAAGUUUAAAAUUUGUAGAAGGGCAGUGGUUUGUU